ACAGCGCAGUAAAGUUCUUUGAAAAUAAAUCCUAUCAAUUUUAUCCUAGUGCCUCAAAAUAACAGGUAUCACAAUUAAUAAUAAAACGAGUCACGGGAUUAUAUUUAAAGAUAAAUUUAGUGAAUAUUUAUUUCAUAUUUCCCACAUUAAGUGUAGAGUAAUUUAUUUCUUUAUGCUGACUUCACAGCAAUUUUCAAGUUGGCACUACGACUCAGACUAUAAUUUGUCGAAAUGUCAAUUUGUUAUAACCUUAAAUGUAUACUAAAUAUUUAUUGUAAGAAGUUGUAAAUUCAAAUAUUUAAUUUAACGAUGGCAGAAACUCUACCUUCUGCCAUUGAACAGGAAUUGUUAGGCAUAAAAACUCUCCUUUGGGGCAACGAAAUUAAACUAGAUAUUUUUAAGAGAUGGUCACAAGGUUUUUAUUUUAGUAGCAGUGAAAAAAGUGCUUUAGAACAAACUGAGGGUGGACCAUGUGCAAUAAUAGCCCCCGUUGAAGCAUUUAUACUAAAAAACUUACUUUUAGAGUACCAAGAUCUUUCUUUUCGAGAAGUGAUCAAUUCAGAUAUUCAAAAUCACAUAUUAGUAACAGCUCUCUGUGAAAUUUUGGGACAAUGUAAUACCAGAAAGUAUUAUGUAGUAUAUUUAAAUAGUGAUUUUACUGAGCCUGUAAGCCAAUCUCAUCUCACUGCUGAAGCAGAGCCAAGUAAUCCCGUUGAACAUAUAGAAAUAGACCCAUCCCAGUUCCACAAUGAACUUAAAGUGCAUUGUUAUCAGUGCCUGGAGGAUGUUAAUAAGUAUUAUUGCGAGAAUAUUGCUAAAUUGAAAGCAAAAUAUGGCAUUUUGUUGUUUUUAUAUUCUGUGAUAGCUUCAAAGGGUUUGGAAAGAGUAAAAUCUGAAUCAGAUUCCCAGGACCCUUUAAUUGAUGAGACUUAUGGUUAUGGGAGUCAAAGUCUCAUUAAUUUGAUGAUAACUGGUAGAGCAACCACAUAUGUAUGGGAUCACUAUGAAGAUGUUGGCGGAUUAAAAUUAUUAGGCAUUGAGAAACAAAGCCAAAUAGGAUUUAUAACUGUAAUGGAAUACCAUAGGUACUGUACUGUUGGGUCAUUUUAUAAAAAUCCAAUCCACCCUGUUUGGGUGGUAGCCUCAGAUACGCAUCUAACAGUUCUGUUUAGUGAUGAACGUAAACUAGUGAGUCCUGAAACUAAAAGUGAGCAAGCUAGGAGGGUAUUCAAAAGUUUCGAUCCACAUGGAAAUAAUUUUAUUAGUUCGGACAAAUUACAAGAUGUUCUCAAAACUUUAGAACUUGUUAGCGAACUCGAAUACGUGAAUAUAAUGAAGAAAAAAUUAGAUAACGAAAACUUAGGCAUCAUUCUACUAAACGCUUUUAUGGAUGAGUUCUUUCCCAAGGAGGAAUCUUCUACACCUGAUAUGUUCACUCUAAUACAUUAUAAUGGAUUAUCUAGAAGUAAUGCUAAUGGUCAAAUUCAGUUUUGCAUUGGAUCUGCAAUUUUACUGGAAUCUGACAUAAAAUCCGUAUGUGAGUCGAAUCCAAUGCUGACUGUAUUGCAGACGAAGUGGCCAACUAUAGAAGUGAACUGGUGUGAUAAUAUCACCCCUUCACUUAACUGAAAACAAAUUCUUCGGUUUUUCCAUAUAAAAAAGUCCACUCCAAAUCAUACGCAUUUAUUAUUAUAUAACUCGUUACAAACGUCAAUAAACCUUUAAUUUCGCUAAAAUUCAAUUUUUUGGAAUAAUCUGUGGACGUACAUAUUUAUUUAACAAAAACUUCCAUUAAUUUUGUAAAUACUAUUUAGAUGUAUUUAUUUCCGUGUAUUUCUGAGUUUUAUUAUUCUAAUUUGGAAAUAUUUUAUUCAAAUAUCACAAUUUUGGUAAUACAGAUACUUUUUUCUAAUAUAUUCGAUUAUCUAAGAGUUUUUUCUGAAAAGUUUUGGUAUUUUCGAAAAUUUUGCACAAUUUGAUUAAAACGAUAAAUAUAUGUGAAAUUACAAUUUUCCUAGAUAUAUUUUCUAAUUUGUUCCCCCUGGAUUGAGUUAAAAAUAAUUUUAUGAUCACAAAGUUGUUUUUGUGUAGAUGUAUAAAGUUCACUUACCAAUUUCUUUUUGGAAAGUAAAUAAUUAGAAAAAAAAUUGUUUCAUGUUUGUUGAUUCUGAAGUAAUACCUAUUACUGGAAAGGAUAAGAAUAAUUGGAAGACUUUUAAUGAAUCGAAAUGUUCUAGUUUGCCAGAAACGUUUUUUAGCUCUCUUGGUUUCAACAUAUUCAGUAGAAUUUAAGUAUAAAAACCUCAGCUUUUAUUCUAUCUUCUUUAGGGGCUUUUCCAUUACACAGUCUUUUUAUUUCUUCUACUUCAUUUUUAGUUGGGCAUUUUGCUUCUUCUUCUUCUUUUGACAUUUCUGAAUUUUCCCUUAAAAUAUUUUUUCCAUUUUCGUAUAAUUUAUUUUCAUAGCACUCUUUCCAUAUUUUCCAAAUUAUUUUAUCAUUUUGUAUUUUGGGGUAGUGGUUUGAUGUGUUAUCUGUUUAUAAAAUUGUUUCAUAUUCGUAUUAUAUCCCUCUUGCUCUAACUUUUCCAAUUUCUUAUUCAGCAAUUCAUUAUUUUUUGAUAAUUCCUUUUGUUUUGUUUUUCUCUUUUAUCGAUACAUUUCAUUCUUGCCAUGUUUUUUUUUUGUUUUCUGGCUUCUUCACACUCUUAGUCGUACCAGUCUUUGUAUUCUCGCAUGUUUUCUUUGUUAAUAUUGUUCUGCAGCUUUUAAUAUAUUAUCUUGUAGUUAUUUCCAUUGGUUUUCGCCAUCGUAUGUUACCUACACAUUUUUCCUGGUAUUUUUCUAUUGUCUCCCCAUUUUCCUAUUACUUGGUUUCCGCUUGUGCUCCUCUGUAUGAUAUGGUGCCCUUUACUUUUGGCUAAUCUUUUUAGUAGCUAGUAUACAGUUUAUUUUAUUCUCUAUUUUCUGGGGUGUUCAAAUUUUGUUGAUAAUAUGGUCAUGUUCAGCGCAUCUGCUAAUUGACACAAUCUGUGUCUGUUGUCAUUAGUUAAAUCGUGUUUGAUUCCUUUCCAUUUCCUCCCACUUAACUUACUAUGGAUAAAACUGUUCUAUAAUCAGCACUUUCAUUUUUUGGCGACUGUUUUUCUUGAAUUUUGCUUGUACUUUGUGUGUAAACGAUCACUACAAAUCCCUACCAUUAUUCCAAUUCCACUACCAAAAUAAAUAACACUAUGAAUCAUCAAUAUGAAUACAAUGAGCUUGUAGGUCUAUUUUCUUGUUGCUGAAAUGUUGUUAGAUUCAAUAUUUCUACGACUGUAGGUGAAGUGGAAAGUAGUUCACAUUUGAUGAAUCAUUGAUAUGUAGCGUUAAGAAUAUUGUGAGUUCAAACAAAUUCUACCAUUAAUGAAACUAUUAGUAGAAAUAAAUUUAAGAUUUUGGUAAAUAACUGGGGUGUAUUAAACAUUUUUUAUAUUAUAUUGAUAGAAAUUUUUGAGUAUUUAAGUCAGUUUAUAUAUACCUAUUAUAUUUAUAUUUAUCUAUUAAUUUAGAUACCGUCCACAGAUUAUAUAGUAAAAAUUUCUUAAAGAUUUUUUAUUCAAUUUGAUAUUGACUGUAUACAAGAAAGCGAACAGUUUGAUCAAUGACUAAUGAAAGAGUACCUGAAACAGGGACGAUAAAGCUUCGUGAUUUGAAUAAAGAAUUUUAACAUUGUCAA